AAUAAUUGUAUUAUGAUUUGAUUGUUUCACUAUUUGUCACCUAUGGUCCAGACCAGUAGGUUUCGAUGCUACCAAGGGUGACCCUAUAAUUAUCUCUUGUCGCAUUAUCCCUCAUUCCUUCCGCUUUUCUCUAUUCUCUGCAAUAUACUGAGAACGAGGUAUGGCUGCGGCGGUGGUGAUAUCACAUUCCUCCGUCACCGGCGUGGAGAAGCUUAAAAACCUUCCACAUUUCACCUCCUUCGCCGGCGAAGUGAAAUUGGGGAGCUUAAAUUUCAGGCCACGCAAGCAAUUACUGUUAGCUCAUGCAGCGGCUAAUGGCGGCAGCUCUGAAAAUGGCGCUUCCGUGUCCGUCAUCCAGAGACCAUCUCCUUCAGCUCCGCAACCUCUCGCUACUAAUACAAGGGCAAAACUUCAUACCAUCUCGGUGUUUGUUGGGGAUGAAAGUGGUAUAAUAAACCGAAUCACUGGUGUUUUUGCUCGUCGAGGCUAUAACAUCGAGUCACUUGCAGUUGGGCUUAACAAGGACAAGGCUCUGUUCACUAUAGUUGUUUCUGGAACUGAUAAAGUGCUGAAACAAGUUGUUGAACAACUCAACAAGCUCGUGAAUGUAUUGAAAGCAUUCUAUGUUAUGCUAUCCAAUUAUUUUACUAUAAUAUUGAUGAUUAGUAAAUCAAAGAUUCUAUUACCUGUAGAAGAUUUGUCGAAAGAACCACAAGUAGAACGUGAACUUAUGCUAGUAAAGCUCAAUGCAGAUUCCAACACUAAAAGUGAAACAGGCGCUUGGCAAACUAAAACUUCUAUUCAAAUUUGCUCGUCUUUAGUAUGUGUCCCAUCAAUGUCUUGUCUUAGGACACAGAUCAAGUGGUUAGUAGACAUCUUCAGGGCAAAUAUCGUGGACAUAUCAGAUCACACUUGGACCAUUGAGGUCACUGGAGACCCUGGCAAGAUGGAAGCUGUGUUGAGGAAUCUCAAAAAGUUUGGUAUUAAAAAACUAGCAAGAACUGGGACGAUUGCUUUGAGAAGAGAAAAGAUGGGCGAGACAGCACCAUUUUGGAGGUUUUCUGCAGCUUCUUAUCCUGAUCUUGAAGGAACUCUACCCAUCGAGAGUACUUCAAAUGAUGCCAUGAAGAAAGUAAUUGAAAAGGGCCCAAAUGGCAAAUACAGUGCUACCUCAGAGUCAGGGGGUGAUGUGUAUCCUGUGGAACCUGAUGAUGGCUUCUAUCAUCAAGUUCUUGAUGCCCACUGGGGGGUUCUCUAUGAUGAAGAUUCAAGUGGGCUUCAAUCACACACUUUGUCCAUGGUUGUCAACAAUGUUCCUGGAGUUUUGAACUUGGUCACUGGAGUUAUAUCUCGACGAGGGUAUAAUGUUCAGAGUCUCGCUGUAGGUCACGCCGAAAGGGAAGGGCUUUCACGCAUAACAACUGUUGUUCCUGGCACGGAUGAAAGUAUUGACAAGUUGGUUCAGCAAUUCUAUAAGUUGGUGGAUGUUCAUGAGGUGAAAGAUAUUACGCAUUCCCCAUUUGCUGAGCGUGAACUCAUGCUGAUUAAGAUUGCUGCUAAUGCUAAUGCAAGAAGGGAUGUCCUUGAUAUUGCCAGUAUUUUCCGUGCCAAACCUGUAGAUGUCUCUGACCAUACAGUAACUUUGGAGGUGACUGGAGAUUUUAAUAAAAUGCUGGCGCUUCAAAACUUGCUAGAGCCUUACGGUAUUUGUGAGGUGGCAAGGACGGGAAGGGUGGCGCUGGUAAGGGAAUCCGGUGUAGAUUCCAGAUACCUAAGGGGAUAUCCUCUUCCUUUGUAAUAUCAUUGCCUGAUCGAGAACCCGUAUUAUCAAAGUUUAUCUCUUCUUCUUUCAUCUCUAUUGUCUUAACAAAUGGUGAUGUUGUAUUAUAAAAGAGAGACUGAACAGAAUGAGUAUUCUGAAAUGUUGCUGUUGUUGUUUUGUUGUGCUGAUGGAUUAGACAUGAUACGAUCAGAUUGUUCACUGAUCUAAUGUUGCGAACUCUAAAAAUGAAACAUGUUUUAUCCAAAAGCCAGAUAGAAAAACACGGUUUUCGCUCACGUGCAAAUACAUAACAUGCACGCCCACAUUCUUGCCAGAAAGCAAACAAGCUAGAAAAUGCAGAAGAGUCGAUCUGCAACUCUUAAUUCAAAGUGGACCUCAAGGAAAUCUAAGGAAUUUAAACCAAGUACCAAUCCACAAAGGAUUAAAAGGGUGUUUCUUUUUCUUUUCUCUUUUUGGUUGUUUUUUCAUUAUGGGAGGCUUUGUCCAACCUUUUGUGACUUGUGAGCUGCAUCAACAUUUAACGGUCAUUCUUUGUAAUUCAAAGCAUAAUCAAGUCCAAGCUUUUUAUUAAGAUCCACCUUGACAAAUGCCCGCAUUACUUUUCACUAUCCUAGCUCUUCCUGGCUAUCUAACAUACAGUCAAGUUAUAUGAUUAGGUGGUUAGCUUGAAUUUGAUCCUCCCAUCAUGUUUUGG